GGCGCCGUUACCGCCCGGGAAAGGGGAGGAGGCGCCGCCAUCAUGAGCUACGGGUACGGAGAUUGGAAUUCGGGCUCGAGCAGAGGCUACGAGGGCUAUGGCUACGGCUACGGCUACGGCCAGGAGAGCUCCGGGGCCUUCGGCUUCGGCGCCGCCAAUUCCUGGGAUUUGGGCGGCUCCGAGCCCGACGCGGCCCCCGAGGGCGGCGCCGGCGCCGGGAAGCAGCGGCAGGAGCCGGGAGCCGGCGGCCGGAGCGAGCCCGAGGCGGGACCCGGGUACGGAGCUGCGCCCGACAGGUACGAUCCCUACGAAUCCUACGGCGACUCCCGCGUGAACGACCGGGAUCCGUACCGGGCUGCCUUCGACUAUCCCGGCGAUUAUCCCGGCGAUUAUCCCAACGAUUAUCCCAACGAUUAUCCCGGCGAUUAUCCUGAUUAUCCCAACGAUUAUCCUGAUUAUCCCAACGAUUAUCCCAACGAUUAUCCCAACGAUUAUCCCAACGAUUAUCCCAACGAUUAUCCCGACUAUCCCAACGAUUAUCCCGGCGAAUCCGAGCCCGACGCCGGCGACUUCUACGGCCGGCCGCCGCCGCCGCGGGAGCAGCGAUUCCCGGCCAAGUUCCGGGAAGGUUUCGGCGCGCGGGGCUGGGGCCGGGAGCGGCCGUUGCCGGCGUUGCCGGCGUUGCCGGGGCGCGGCGGCCGGGCCGGGCCGGGCCGGCGCCUCCCGUCGCUGCUGGCGCGCGGCGCCGGGCCCGAGGCGGGCGCCGGCCGCGCCUUCGGCGGCCGCGGCCUGAAGCGCCCGCGCCGGGGCGGCCGGGCCUGGGACGCCGAGCCGCGGUUCUCUCCAUUUCCCCUGAUUUUUCCCCAAUUUUCUCUCCAUUUCCCCCGUUUUUCCCGAUUUUUCCCAACUUUCCCGUUUUUCCGGCAGCCGCAGCGGAAGCGGCCGCGCCGGGAGGGGCCGGGCCGGCGGCGGCAGCCGGGGGAGGAACGGAACGAGAACGGCUCCGACAGCUCCGGCUCCGACAACGAGGAAGGCACGGAAGGAGAAUCCGGAGAAAAGGAGGAAUCCAGAGGGGAAGGGGAAGAUGAAGAGGGAAGAGAUUCCGAGAAAGGUGCCCUGGGCCAUCCCGAGGAGAAUUCCCAGAUUUCCCAGCGGCUCCCGGCCGGGAGGAAAUCCCAGGAUCGGCAGAAGAAGCGGCACCGGGACCGGAUGGUGGAGAGGAUCCAGUUCGUCUGCUCCCUGUGCAAGUUCCGGACGUUUUUCGAGGACGAGAUCCGGCAGCACCUGGAGAGCAAAUUCCACCGGGAGCAUUUCCAGUUCGUGGGCACGCGGCUGCCGGCGCAGACGGCGCGCUUCCUGCAGGAAUACGUGGCCAACAAGACGCGGAAGACGGAGGAGCGGCGCCGCGGGAUCCGGGACAUCAACGCCGUGAUCCAGCAGAUCCAGCGGGAGCAGGACCUGACCCAGGAGCUGGGCCUGGAGCAUUUCGUACGGAAGGUGGAGGCGGCUCACUGCUCCGCCUGUGACCUGCUGCUCCCGAUGCACUUCGGCGCCGUCCAGCGGCACCUGCGCUCCCCGGAGCACAACCACAACCGCCGGGCCAUGCUGGAACAUUCCAAGCGGGCGUCGCUGGCGGUGGCUCGGAGCAUCCUCAACAACAAAACCAUCGGCAGCAAACUGCAGCGCUUCCUGCGGGGGGAAAAUCCCUUCACGGAUGAUCCCGAGGAAAAGGAGGAGCACGAGGAAGGGGAAGGAGCAGGGGAGGAAAACCCGGAAAAUCCCACGGAAAAUCCCCAAAAUCCCACAGAAAACCCGGAAAAUCCUACGGAAAAUCCACAAAAUCCUGAAAAUCUCACAGAACACCUGGAAAAUCCCACAGGAAAUUCCCAAAAUCCAGCAGGAAAUCCAGAAAAUCUCACAGAAAACACGGAAAAUCCCCAAAAUUUGGAAAAUCCCACGGAAAAUCCUCCAAAUCCAGAGGAACAUCCUGAAAAUCCCACAGAAAACCCCGAAAAUCUGGAAAAUCCCACAGAAAAUCUCCAAAAUCCCACGGAAAAUCCUGAAAAUCCCACUGAAAAUCCC